AAACACUUCCGUGUCAUCGCCAUGACUACCCAAAUAGUAUACGAGAUGGCGUUACGAAAGUUAUUUAUACGUGAAAGUUUGGGAAGGAUAAACAUGAGCUGAUCUACUAGCAACAAUAACUGAUGGAAAAAUGACUUCAUAUUUGGCACAGGAAGUAGAACUUAGCAAGAGGCAUGAGGCCAUACUGUCUCAAAGGGCAGUAUUAUUGCAGCAAAUGGAAAGUCAUCUGGAGGUGCAUCGGACUGGAAAGGAAUUUCAUGCGGUUCAAGCUGAAGCUGCUCGACAAAGGAAUACAGAACUUAAGAAUGAUCUAAAAUAUGCAGUGGAACAGCUAAAAACCAGAAGAAGAAGAACCAUGGAGUUUGUACAUCCUGACAUCGUUAACCUUGAGACACAUUACUGGGGAUCCAUAGAAGAAAAUAUUCCCAAAUGGGAACAGUUCCUAUUGGGAAAGGCAAAGUCUCCUAGAGGUAUGAAAACAAAAGCUCAGUCAAAAAAGGAACACCACAUCAGCCAAAUUCUAUCAAGUCCGAAAGACAGACCCAAAUCAAGUAGCGGAGGGCUGCCACCUUCUGGACUUAUUUCCAAGCCUGCAGUUCAUCAGCAUGGCUAAAUUUGUACAGUUGUGUGACAUUUAAGGGAAAAGUCAAGGUUCUCUCAAGAAAGUUAUGAGUAAAGACAAAAUGAAUGACGUAUUAAUGUUGCAUCACAUUCAGCUAUCAACCAUGUUGAUAUGCAGUAAUAUAGUAACAGCUGUGUGAGCCAGAAAGUAUUACCAUGUUACUUAACUCUUUUACCCGUUGACUGCUUUUGUAAGGGUAAUAUGCUGCCCCCCCCAUCUUUGCCACUUUGGACCAUUUUAACACACUUAACGCAUACAGUACUAUGUAGUAUUUAACAUUUUGUAAUGAAGUUAUCCUCUCUGAAGAAAGUCAAUGCAACAGUAAAUCAUGACAGUUGGGUUUACCUCCCUCAUCUGUGUCUUACCCAGCCAGAACUGGUGAAAGUAAUGGUGCUCCAUGUCAAAGUCAAAGAAAAUUUAUUGUAAUUUAGAAGUACACAUGUGUAACCUAAACAAAAUGUUGUGCAUCAGCUCAAUUCCUGAGAUUACAAAGGAAUGUGAAACAACAGAUACAAGUAGAGUAAUAAACAUAACUAACAAAUACAGUACUACUCCUAAGACAUGCAAGAAAUAACAGAGACAUUUACCAACACUCGUAUACGAAAAUAAUAUUCUUCCCUGAGUUAAAUUAACUACCCUACUUAAAGUAAUACAAAACACACUACAGAUUGAACAAUGCCGAAGUUAUUUGUCUAAUAUUGCACUUGA